CUCUUUUGCCUCAUUCGUCUCUCUCAGCUGCUACCCGGGAUUGCCGCCCAUUCUCUUGUUCUUUUGGUUUCUUUGUAUUCCAACACAUCCCAUCGCCGACAAGACCUUCGAAUCUACAGUGAUACGCCUGGACCGGGGUGGCUGACAACGGGCAUAAAGUGGAUGAUCAGAUCUUGUCUGCUGCAGGCCUCGCUCAAACUACCAAACCCUACUCGUCCCCGUACUUACGUCUUGCCUUGCCUCGGCGGCUGAUCUGGCGUUCCCGACCACCUGUGGGCACGGCCUGGCUAGGUUGACCUGCCUAGGGAGUAUUAUUCAUUGAUUCAUUCCGACGUUCAUUUAUUUAGUUUCGCCCGGAAGGAGAAUUUAGCAAACUAAAUAAUGAAGGCCAUUCGACGCUCUCUCAAAGGGGAGAAAGAUCCCAAACCCCACCACCACCACCAUCUCAGUCACCAUAGUCACCACCACCUUUCUAUUACUCCAAAGUCCGCCAUCGCCAUCCUUCCGCCAAAGAAGGUCAUCAAAGCGCUCUACGAUUACCAACCGGAACCCGGGAACUCGCAGGAACUCGCCUUCAGCAAGGGAGACUUCUUUCACGUUAUCAGCAGGGAGGACGACUUGGACUGGUACGAAGCGUGCAAUCCGCUCAUCCCUAGUGCGAGGGGGUUGGUUCCCGUGUCCUUCUUUGAAGUGAUUGGCAAAAACGAGAGACACAGCGCCGGAUCGGUGGACCAUCAUAAGAAGAAAGAGCCGCACGACUCAGGCUUCUCCGAUCGAGCUGCCUUCCCAGGUACAGACUUCAUCAGCAAUUCCUCCCGCAAUAGCUUUCAACCCAGGAUGUCGCAGUUGGGGAAGGGCUCGAGUGCCAUGGUCUAUGGCAUCGUUCAGUACGACUUCCAGGCCGAGCGACCGGACGAACUAGACGCCAAAGCUGGCGAGGCCAUUAUUGUUAUCGCCCAGUCGAACCAGGAAUGGUUUGUCGCCAAACCUAUCGGUCGCCUGGGUGGCCCGGGUCUCAUCCCCGUUUCCUUCCUCGAACUUCGCGAUAUGCAGACAGGUCAAGCGGUCACCGAUCCGCUUGAAGCUGUCAGGCGUGCCGGCGUGCCAAAGGUGGAGGAAUGGAAGAAGAUGACGGCCGAAUACAAGAACAGCAGCAUCACGCUGGGCAAGAUCGACUCCGCUGGUGGCUCGUCGAUGCAGUCUGUCACGUCGAGCAUGGACAAGAUGUCCAUCGGACGUCAGAGUCAAAUGAGUCAAAAUGGCCAGUCCCAGGGCUACCACACUCGCAAUGCCAGUAAAGGGUCGCUUGUGCAACAAGUUUCGCACCAGUCGCAGCAGAGUUAUCACCAGUCAUUGAUGGCGCCAAUCGCGGCAUCUAUUCCCCGGUACUGCUUUGACAACGACAAAUACUGGUACAUCAUCGAGGCCAAAAUGGAGGACGGUCGCUGCUGGGAGUUGGCCCGCUACUACCACGACUUUUACGAUUUCCAGAUCGCACUGUUGACUCAAUUCGAGGAGGAAGCCGGUAACCGUGGCAAGCCGCGCACGCUGCCGUAUAUGCCCGGACCAGUCACCCAUGUCACGGACGCCAUCUCCAACGGCCGCCGACAGAAUUUGGAUGAAUAUAUCAAGAAGCUCUUGGCUAUGCCGCCCCAUAUCUCUCGCUGUCAAUUGGUCCGUCAGCUCUUCGCUCCCCGCCCCGGUGACUUUGAAAUCGAUCCCAACGCAUUUGGCGAAGAGACCCGGUUCUCCGGUGGCUCGCAUCAUUCCUCGGCGAAUGAGCCGUCACGGAGCGUGUCGCGCCAGUCGUCGCAGGCACCGAUUGCCGUUCACACAGAGCGCAACUCGCACCAGCGCGGUCAACCCUCCCUCUCACUUUCCAAUGGCGCACCACCCCCGAUGAACCGCCAACCUAGCUCGUUAACGCAGGUGUCGACGUCGAGUGGCGGUGCCAUGAAAGUCAAGGUUUUCUUCCAGGACGACCUCAUUGCGAUCCGGGUCCCGAACGACAUCAGCCUUCAGCAGCUCAAGGAGAAGCUCACGGACCGUCUAAAGAUCCAAGAUGAAAUUAUGGUCCAGUACAAGGACGAACCGUCCGGGACGUACGUCGACUUGGCCACGGAUAGUGACCUGGACACGGCGAUCCAGCGGAACUCCAAGCUCACACUAUAUGUUGGACUUGCAUAGAAGCGUUAUUUC